AUGUGUGAGCGCAGUCUCUACAGAGCGGGCUAUGUGGGCUCGCUUCUGAAUCUGCAGUCGCCCGACUCCUUCUACUUCUCCAACCUGCGGCCGAAUGGAGGCCAGUUGGCCGCACUUCCCCCCAUCUCAUACCCGCGCGGCGCGCUGCCCUGGGCCACCACGCCCGCCUCCUGCGCCCCAGCGCAGCCUGCCGGUGCCACCGCCUUCGGCAGCUUCUCGCAGCCCUACCUGGCUGGCUCCGGGCCUCUUGGCCUGCAGCCCCUGGGCGCCAAGGACCGACCCGAAGAGCAGGCCAAGUUUUAUACGCCCGACGUGGCCGCCGGGCCUGAGGAGCGUGGCCGUUCGCGGCCGCCCUUUGCCCCCGAGUCUAGCCUGGUCCCCGCGGCCGCUGGCCUCAAAUCGACCAAGUACGACUACGCGGGUGUGGGCCGUGCCGCGCCAGGCUCUGCGGCCCUGCUUGAGGGGACCCCCUGCGCCGCCGGCUUCAAGGACGACGCCAAGGGCCCGCUCAACUUGAAUAUGACAGUGCAGGCAGCGGGCGUCGCUUCUUGCCUGCGACCUUCGCUGCCCGACGGCCUGCCGUGGGGGGCGGCCCCCGGGAGGGCCCGCAAGAAGCGGAAACCCUACACGAAGCAGCAGAUCGCGGAGCUGGAGAACGAAUUCCUCCUCAACGAAUUCAUCAACCGGCAGAAGCGCAAGGAAUUGUCCAACAGGCUGAACCUCAGCGACCAGCAGGUCAAAAUCUGGUUCCAGAACCGUCGUAUGAAGAAGAAACGCGUGGUGCUGCGUGAGCAGGCGCUGGCUCUAUACUAA